AUCAAUGAAUCGGUGAACUCAUUAACUACAGCCCACCGCGCAUAAUAUCAAAACAGAACUCUAACAUGUAGCUACUAGCUAGGUAACAUAUGACAAUAAUCUCGAGCCUAGAGACUCUUACAUAACUAUUCCUAGGGUUUGGAUAUACAUGAUCAGUGUCUCACCUUGGAGUCGGUCCAAUACUUUGGUUUAACUCAUAACAUAGAGCUAGCUUAGACGUCAUAGCUCUUUUCUCCCGCGGUGAUCAUUUCUUUUUGUGUUGGAAACGUUACUUGCCUUACUUUUCUAUGUUAAAACAAGCUAUGUCCAAGUGUCCCAUAAUAGGCAUGCAUAAGGCAGAAGUUAAGCUGGUAAUCAUUACGGGACGAGGUAGGGUGGUGGUGUCGGUGGUAAGAUCCGCUUGCGUGCGUUCGACCAUGUGCACGCGCGUCCACGAGUUUAUUCUCCCUGAUUGGGUGGCGAUCGCAACGAGAAAAGCAACGGCAUUGAAUUGCUCCAUUAACUUCGCGACGAGAAAAAUAAGUGCAUUGAAUUGCUCUGUUAACAGUAAUUCGGAUGAGAUUUUCGUUUCGGAGCUGAAAACUUGAGUAGAGUAUAGUUUUGAUUAGGUUUUAGUUAAUUAUCUCCAUAACAAUGUACUUGUCCUUUCCUUGCUUAGCUACGAAGGCCAUCACAGUAGUGUAACGAAGACUGUAUGCCUAUGCAUAUCCUAUUGUCAAAAAAUUGUCAAGUGUGGCUAUGAAGCUUGAUUUUUUGUUUUUGCGGAAAAAAGAAAAAGCUAGCUAGGGAGGUGGAUACUGAGUUUGCAUGCAGUGUCUCGGUUGCUUUAAUUUGGUGCCACAUAAAAGAGAUGAGCAGAAUUGACUGAAUAUAUAAACAAAAGGCGUAAACAAAAAGGCAAACCCUUAAAAAAAAUUUGUUUUUUUUUGGCCCUUAUACCUUUAUGAAAAGAUCAUCGAAUUGUUUUCUGGAAAUGGAAUUCACCACGUCACGGACCGGCCUGCAAUAUGGGCAUACGUACGUACAAGGAAUGCUAACAAGAAGGCUAUAGAAGAAAAGGAAUGCAUCAUCCUGUUAACAAGGGCAAACCUCAUCAUCAUAAACCGGGAUCCACAUUCAUUGAAUACAGAAAAACAGGCCGGAAUAAGUACCUGUUUAACCUUAUUCAAUUAUCCGAUCCACAAUCAAAUAGUCGUUUUUGCAUGUAGAUCGUAACGUAGAAAUAUACGGUUCCAUAAAUGCGAGCCAGUUAGUACCGGGGGCAAAUAUGAAGGUUAAGAGAAUUGAAUCGUGCGAAUCGGGAAGAGUAGAGUGGAGUCUUAAUAACCAAAUGGUUUUAAUUAUUUCCAUGAAUUAUGAAAGUUUUCCUAUGAUGACCUUUGUAUUAUUGGUUUUCCUGAUCUAAUCCUUCGAAUAGAAACAUUUUUCUUAUUGUAGCUAAAUACCAUUAAUCUUAUAAGCCUUUUUUUUUGUCAAAAGAUAUCAUAUAUUGAUCAAAACCAUAGACAGUUACACCCUGGAACCCAGCCAGGUCUGGAAAUCAAAGAAGCGACUCAUAGUCGAAUACAAAGAGAGGGCUUUCCUAUCUACCAAAUGAGCUACCCUAUUGUUAUCCCGACCUACAAAACGCACACUAAAACCAGGCUGAGUACGAAAAUAAUGAACAAUCUCUUCCAGAACUGCACCCAACCGGCUAUCUCUUGUAUCGGCUUGAUUAAUUUUGUCAAUAAUCACCUUCGCAUCGCCCUCAAAACGGACCGCCGACAAGCCUUGCUCCACACACCAAAUAAUAGCUUCCCUAAGCACAAGAAUUUCCACUACGACUGGAUCAUCCAAAUGAGGAAACUGGACCCCUCUAGCCAACAGGAGCGUCUGGGUUGGGUCAAAAAGAACCACCCCACCAGCCGAAUGAGACCCACCCUUAGUAGCCUCGUCCCACAUGCAAACAAACUGGGCAUCACCCAUAUGAGCAUUGGACAACACUAUUGGGAUUUGUACCAUAGGUGCCUGAUCCGCUGGAAGACCCACCCACUCCUCAUAGUGUUGGUAAAACUGUCGCAUGAGCGCCGGGAUCCCAAAUUGCUUGCCUUAAAAGACUACCCAUUUUCGAGAUCGCCAGAUCCUCCAAAGGAUAGCAACAACCGCCAUAACCACAGACGGUUGAUGGAUCAAACCCAACAGACGCUUAAGAAACAAUGGAAAGGUAUGCCGAGGCAAACCCUCUCCCAAAUACUCCAGUCCAGAAUAAUCCCAGAGAGCCCGCGCAACCAGGCAAUAAAGGAUUGAAUCAAUGUUAGUUGGCAAAUCCAGUCAGUAGGUAGGUCCCAAUUUGAGAGAGACUAACAGACUUUAAACAAUAAGAAGAACAUAUGAUGAAAGAAUUUGUAUCUCAAGGAUUAUAGUAGGGAAAAUAAAUAGUUCAAGACCGAAAAAAAUCGUAUAGUUCAAGAGCCAAAAAGCACCAUUAACUCUUUCCGGAUAUUAAUUAUAAGAUCUCUACGUAUCUACGAUUUGCGAGUGGAGUGGAGACCAUAACCUCAGAAACCACAUGUCAUAGCUCCACUACUACAAAUGGGGUGUGGAACCUAAGACGCAUUACUUCCACUAACUUUGCUUCUAGUAUCCCGCAAACACUACAAACAGUAACAUAUAACGGUGGAGGAGUACAGCGUGUAACCCUUAUCCAUAUACGAAAACGGUGUUACUAAACGAUAAUUCGAGUUAUUGGGAGUAAUUAGUUCUUGACAUGAUAUCAGAGUCUUUCUUUGAUCGUGAGGUCUUCUGUUCCAAUCCCGAUGGCCCCCAUCUGUUCGAUUAAUCACAUAGUGUCCGAACCUGUACAAACUUUAAGCCCGUAGCAACUCGAGUUAUUGGAAUCAACCGGUUCUUGACAAGACGCAGAACUCUCACAAAACCAUCUAACUAAGCUAGCACUACAGGGAAAUCCACCACCGUACUUAGAUGUGGUGCGAACACGUAAGUUGGUUAACCCCCAAUUGCUUGUAUUUUACACCCACUAAGCGUUACGAGACAAACUGGCCCUUAAGAAAAGAAGGGAAAACAAAAAAGAUAAGAUAUCUAGCUAUAUAGGGAUCCGUAUAUAUAGUGCCUCCGGUUGUUAACAUUAUUGCAUGAUCAAAAAGAGACUACGUACUUAACGUUGUCGUGUAACGCAUUAUUAGCUGCCCUAAUAUGCCCUAUGAUGAUCCACUUACCUACAACAUCUCACUCUAAUAAUUCAUUAGCAGACCCAAAAAAACAACAUAUCGUUUAAGGGUUCUUACCGUUACAAGGAUUUGUACAUUAACAGGAAUUCUAUCCCUAACUAUAUCACCUUCCAAAAUUUGUCUAACCAUAUGAUCGUAUGCAUUGAAUGAUGAAUGCUACAUAUUGGACAAUUAAACAACAUUCCAAUACUUGAUUCUUGUUCAUGAUUUCGCGUAUCACAGUUGAGUGAAAUUAAACCGUGCAAGCACAAAUAUAGUGAUAAUAUAACG